AUGACCCACACCUGUCAGCCAUGCUGCUGCAAGACCACCUGCUGCAAGACCAGCAGCAGCUCUGAAUCCAGCUGCCCUGUGUUCAUCUGCUGCCAGCCUUGCUGUGCCCCAGGUUGCAGCAGCACACCCUGUUGCUGCAAGGCUAUCUGCUGUCACAGCACCAAGACUGUCAACAGCUCUUCCCAGCUGUGCUGUCCCCCAACCUGCUGUGACACUACCUGCUGUGACAGCAACUGUUGCAAACCAGCCUGUGUGACCAUCUGCUGCAGCACACCCUGCUGCCAGCCCAGCUGCUGUGUGCCCACCUGCUGCCAGCCCAGCUGCUGCCAGCCUAGCCUUCUCCAGCUCUGCUGCCAACCAACUUGCUGUGAAACCAGCUGCUGCAAGACCACCUCUUUUAAACCCACCUGUGUGAUCAUUGGCUGCAGCACACCCUGCUGCCAGCCCUGCCCUGUGUGCCCACCUGCUGCUGAUGACCAGACCCCAAAGAAUGCCUGA